GCUUACAAUAAAAGAGUGAGUCAGGCAGAGGAGUUAGAGUUGCUUGGACAGCUGAGUGGCAGCACUGCACUCUGCCACUGUGCUCCCCUUGCAAGUAACACGUACUACAUCAAAACAGUUCUUUCUUCUUACAAAAAUGAGGAAUUUUAUCCUGGUUGCUUUGACAUUUCACCUUCUGGUGAUCACAGUAGUAGAGAUUAACGGUGAUUACACAUUUGGAGAUAUAAUUUCAUUUCGAAGGAAAUGUGCCAAAACCAAGAUAACUUACAAACACUUUGCUGUUUAUGUGGGUACAAAGAAUUUAUUUGGCCAAGGAGAAGACAAGGACAUAUUUCACCGCAUAUAUAAGCCCACUGAUGGUAAAUACUGUGUUUUCGAGUCUCUCACAAAUGAGGGAGAACAUGCAAAAGAAAAUUAUCUGGAUAAAAAGUUGACACCAUCAAGUCAAGCUGACAUAAUUAAACACAUCAAAGUCAUGGCCAAUGAGACACACUGUGGAAAAUAUGAUCUCCUGUUAAACAACUGUGAACAUCUUGCAACUUACGUGCGUUAUGGAAAAGCAUAUUUUAAGCAGCCUGGAACCACAGCAGGCUAUUUUCGCCUUUUUUUCUCUGGAAAGAAAUUACCUAAAGCAGAUGAAGCAACAGAAAGCAUAUCAGAUGCAGAAAUCAUUAAAAUAUUAGACGAACUUCACAAAAAUUCAGAAGUUGAGGCUCAGUGUAAUAAUGCUGUAAUGCUUAAGAGUGUUUUAAGGAAUCCCACACUUUUACCCUGUCUUGCUUUUCUAUUUUCAUUCUUUUACAUGACAUGAAGUCUUCAUUGGAAAUAAAACACUGAUCAAGAUUAUGUUUUGAUUGUGUCAAACUGAAGUGCUUCCGUGCAGUUCUUAUUUGUCUCAUAAAUGUUUGUCACUGUCCCUGUUGACCUUAUGUAUUAAUGGUCUAUUUUUUCUAUUUCUGUGUUCUUUUUUUUCAUUUGUCUCAAUAUGUGAAUAACGUUCGGUGUAUUUGUCAGAGUUCAGAAUAGUAGCCUCACUCUGCGAGUGGUAUUAUAGUCAGACUCAUAUUCAUCGCUUUGUGUUAAGUACCUUCUACUUACUUUUGAUUCUUCCUGUAUUCUCCCUGUGUCCUGCCCAAGACUCCUCUGACAAGGAAUGAAAAUGUCAGUAAAAUCUCUGAAAUGACUGUGUUGUCUGUUCUACUUUUCUUUCUUUUUUUUAGCGUGCCAGUUCUUGCAAAGAUCAUGAGAAGGUUGCAUAGCGCCAUCACUCUACAAGUUAGCUGCACAUUUUAUUUUCAUUUGAAUUGUGCUCAAAAGGACACGGUGAUUCUGCAGUGUAUUUGUUUAAAUAAACAAGGGAAUGUCACACAUGAA